UCGUAUGUGUGUUGUUUGUCUUUGUUGAUCCGUAGCGAUCAAAACAUUUCGUUUAAUCACGUCCUGUGAUUGAACAAUCGUCAUUGUGUCUAUUUGAACGUGAACACAGAAAAAGUUUAAUUGCUCGUGUAUUUUGUUAAAGUGUCUCGUUAAUGCCAAAUACACGGGAAAAAGAAGAAGAAAAUCAUACACUCGAUUACGUGACAGCGUUCCUAAUUGAUGGCGAGAUAAAUUUUAUGCGAGUUUGACCUAAAUAAUUAAUGAAAAUAAGGUAUAUACGUUUGGACAUAUAUCUGUCAAGAUGUUAAACUUGACUCUCGAGCCUUGCAUCGAUGCAAAUGCUACACUUGGAAUAGACCAAGCUUGUUUUUAUAUCUUAAAUUUGUACAAAUACCCUGUUCUCUUUUAUUCGAUAGCAUGGGAAGCUUAUUGGGGCAAUGGCAUGCUACAUGCUACCUUACCACCACAGAAAAACACAAGUGUAGUGGUAUCAACAAAGUACCCGUUACAUAUAUAUUAUGGAGUUAACGAAUCGUCAUCCGGAUACCUAGAAUAUUGUCACACAACAUAUUCUUUCAUAGAGCAUGGUAGUUAUGGAUGGAAUAUAUCUUCCGGAAAUAACUGUUCCGAUAUUUAUGUAAUACGCGAAUCAACAGGGACCUAUCUUCCAAUCUUUGCAGCGUUCAUGAUGUAUACCCUACUAGCUAUUCUGUGGACAACAUCAAAGGUCAUUGUGCGAAUGAUAAGGGGGAAAUUGUCGCCUGAUAAUGUACACGACGAUUUAGAUAGACUUCAAGAAACAGAAAAUACAACGCAUUCAGUAAUUAGAACAACAAAAUCUAGUACUAGAAUACAUUCUGUGGAUACAUUUAGAGGAAUAUGUGUACUGUUGAUGAUAUUUGUUAACAAUGGUGGUGGAAAGUAUGUCAUGUUCAAUCACAGUGCAUGGUUUGGGCUCACUGUGGCAGACUUGGUGCUUCCUUGGUUUGCAUGGAUUAUGGGACUGACGAUAGCAAUAUCAAAACGCGCAGAACUUCGCAUAGUGGCUUCGCGUACAAAAAUAUCCUUACGUUGUCUUCUACGAUCGGCGAUAUUAAUACUAAUCGGGUUAAUGUUGAAUUCGGUGCAGAAUUUGCAUUCGAAGGGUACGAUGGCCUCUUUAUCCAAUCUUCGUUUCCCUGGUGUCCUCCAAUUGUUAGCUGUAUCAUACUUCGUGUGCGCCACGCUGGAAACAAUCUUCAUGAAACCUUAUUCUCAGUUUGGCCGCUUCGCGUGGCUUCGAGAUAUUCUGGGAAGCUGGCCGCAGUGGUUGAUUAUGGCUAGCAUUUUGACUAUUCACACUUUACUAACGUUCUUCCUACCUGUACCCGGUUGCCCAACGGGAUACCUCGGACCUGGUGGAAAAUACGACCAUCGCGGAAAAUACGAAAACUGUACCGCAGGCGCAGCUGGUUACAUAGACAGAAUGAUCUUUGGAAAUCAUAUGUACUCCAAGCAGAAAAAUAUUAUCUAUGAUUACAUUUCACCUUACGAUCCGGAAGGACUAAUGAACACCAUAUCGGCUAUAUUGAUUGUUUACUUUGGUGUUCAUGCUGGCAAGAUUUUAAUGUUUUACUAUCAGUGUAAUUCCAAAGUAAUUAGAUGGUUGCUGUGGGCAAUUGUUACAGGUGUCGUUGCUGGAGUUUUAUGCAACUUUAAGACGCAAGGAGGAGUAAUUCCAGUCAGCAAGAAAAUGAUGUCGUUGUCGUUUGUUCUGACAAGCUCUAGCCUUGCUUUCUUAUUGUACGCAGUUCUGUAUAUUCUUAUCGAUUAUAGACAGUACUGGAGUGGAGCUCCGUUUAUUUAUGCUGGAACAAAUCCAAUUUUUCUCUACGUGGGUGAUACAUUAACGAAAGGCUUAUUUCCGUGGUCAUGGAACGUACCUUAUCACAGUCACUCAUCCUUUCUGUUUAUGAAUUUAUGGACGACAACAUUAUGGGGAAUAAUUGCAUAUUUUCUUUAUUGGAAAGAUAUCAUUAUAACUGUAUAAAAGUACAUGCACCCGUAUGGUAUUAUAACGCACGAAUAUAAAGGUAUUCUGAUAUAAUAAUUCUCUUAGCUGAAACGCUUAUUUUCAACAUUGUAUUUUACGUUUAUAAAUAAAAGUAAUAAAUAGUGUAAUCUUUGUGUCGAUUGAUUUUAAUAGUUGGGUAAAAAGAA